AUGCUGUGGUUCCAGGGCGCCAUUCCAGUCGCCAUCGCGUGGGCCAAGAGGAGCGGCGCGGUCUUCGUGGUGUUGGUGGCAGGUGAUGAUGAGCAGUCUACACUGAUGGCUGCAAGUUGGGAAGAUGAGAAAGUGACAGAAGCAACUUCAAACAGUUUUGUUGCUAUUAAAGUCGAUACCAAAAGUGAAGCCUGUUUACAAUUUUCACAAAUCUAUCCUGUAGUGUGUGUUCCAUCUAGUUUCUUUAUUGGAGACAGUGGAAUUCCCUUGGAAGUAAUAGCAGGAAGUGUUUCUGCAGAUGAACUUGUUACCAGAAUUCACAAAGUCCGGCAGAUGCACUCAUUAAAAGGUGAAACUUCAGUGGCAAAUGGCAACCAGUCAGAAAGUUCAGUCUCUACUCCAUCCACCUCAUCUGAACCUAACACUUCUGAAAACUCUCAGUGAAACGCAGAGAUUUGUGAGACACCACCCAUUUCUGAUACAAAGUCAGAUUCUGCAGCAGGAGGAGAACGAUCAGGCCAUGCCACUUUGUCUCAGGAGCCUAGUGGGUGUUCAAAUCAGAGACCUGUGGAGGACCUCACUGUCAGAGUGGAAAGACUAACCAAAAAACUUGAAGAAAGGAGAGAAGAGAAAAGGAAAGAGGAAGAACAGAGAGAGAAUAAGAAAGAAAUUGAGAGGAGAAAAACUGGAAAAGAAACGUUGGAUUAUAAAAGAAAGCAAGAAGAGGAAUUAACGAAAAGGAUGUUAGAAGAAAGAAAGAGAGAAAAGGCAGAAGAUAGGGCAGCUCUAGAGCGUAUAAAACAGCAGAUUGCAUUGGAUCCUGCAGAGAGAGCAGCUCAUUUUGCAAAGACAAAGGAAGAAGUAGAAGCUGUUAAAGCCACCGCCUUUCUGGCUAAACAGGCAGAAGUGGAAGUUAAGAGGGAUGCUUCUGCAAGAGAAAGAAGCACUGUUGCAAGAAUUCAAUUUCAUCUUCCUGAUGGUUCUUCCUUUACAAAUUAGUUCCCUUCUGAUGCUCCUCUAGAAGAGGCAAGGCAGUUUGCUGCACAGACUGUUGGCAACACUUAUGGUAAUUUUUCAUUAGCAACCAUGUUUCCCAGGAGAGAAUUUACCAAAGAAGAUUAUAAAAAUAAAUUAUUGGAUUUGGAACUUGCCCCAAGUACUUCCGUAGUACUCUUACCAGCAAAAAGACCAACUACAUCUAUGGUACAUUCUUCCAGUGGAGAUUUUUGGACAUUGUUGGGGACAGUACUUUACCCAUUCCUUGCCAUCUGGAGAUUGGUUAGCAACUUCUUAUUUAGUAAUCCUCCUCCUGCACAGACCUCAGUGAGAGCAGCGUCUUCAGAAUCCUCAAACUUUGCAUCGUCUAGCACUUCAGAAAAAAGGGAACCUGUCAGAAAAAGAGUGCUGGAGAAACGGGGGGAAGACUUUAAAAAGGAGAGGAAGAUAUAUAGAUUGAGGACUCAAGAUGAUGGUGAAGAUGAAAACAACACUUGGAAUGGAAAUUCUACUCAACAAAUGUAGUGUGACAAGUACAUUAUGUGCAAUAAUCAUUGUUUCUUUUAUGAUUUAAUUC